AUGGCUACCACUACCUAUGAUUAUUUUUGGCAAUUAGCAUCUUUAGAUGCUGAAGAACGUCUGAAUGCAGCUAAUGGACUAAUUACUCAUUUACAUAAAUUAUAUCAAGAAUUUAUAACGUCCAAUAAAAAUAUAUCUAAAAUCAAUGAUUCUAGAGAUUUCUUGGGUUCUACAGAGGUAAUUGAGAAGGUUUGUGGUCCUACUGUAGCUUAUGUUAUGAUUCGUUUGACGAGAGGACUUGCUAGUCCGCGAGCAGCAGCUCGGCAUGGUUUUGCUUUAGCAUUAACAGAGCUUCUUGCUAGUUUUGAGUUCUUUACAUUCAAAAUGAUUCUACCAUUAAUUGAUGAAGCCUGUCCAAUAUCGUCUUCUAAGGAUAAGGAAGGAUCUGAUGUAAUUUUUGGGCGUGUUUUCGGCUUCGCGUCAGUCGUAAGGUCAGGUAUUCUUUGGCGUAAAACUUCGUCCGAUGAUGAUUAUUGCGAAGUGAUCAAUGGUUUACUAGCUUGUGCAAAUAGUAAACCAUAUGUUAGGGAAACAUGCUAUCAUGUUAUUAUUUCAACCAUACCUUUAUUGAAGGAAACAACAUUUGAGGAGAAGGCGAUUUCUCAUCUUAUAACGGUUAUGAAUGAACGUAAUGUCCGAAAUGGUAUCAACAACCCUGAUGAUAUUAAUUUGGCUGUUGCUAUUGAAGCACAAUAUCCGGAUAUAUUACAAAAUAAUCAAUGGAUACGAGUCGUGGUUCAUAAUGGCGAUUCAUGUAUAGCGAAAUGGUGCAAACCACAUAUACUUCAUCCCGAAAAUUUAGAAAAGUUGACAGAAGCUAUUCAGGCAAAGUCCAGUCAAUCUGCAGCUGAAAUUCAGCAGAAUCAAGAAAAUCGUAUUCAUUCUGUUUGGAAUACGAUUAUUUUUUGGCUUAUUUCUCCCCCCAGUGAUAAACUUAGAAAGCAAACAGUUGCUUUUGAAGAAUUUUGGAAGACGGCUGUUGAUGAAUGCCUUUUUGAUGAUGAUGCUACAUAUCAACGUAAAUUCUGGGGAUUUCAAUUAUUAGAGAAAGCUCUUCAAAUAUGUCCGGAAGACAAAUUUUCUUUCUUAUUUACUUCUAACUUAAUGCGAACUUUGAUAAAUCAUUCUUACGAGAAGAAUCGAUACUUGCAUGAAUCUGCAAUGCAUCUGUUAAAGGUUAUUGAGCAAGUCGCCGAGGAAAACCAGCGGAAGGCCUUGAUUAUUGUUAAAAAAUUUUUAGGUCAAAAUUGUGAUCGAGAUUUUGACAAAGUUAGCAAGACUUAUACCAUCAGGAACAUAUUCCAUGUUAUUAACAAUAGCACAAUUGAGGAAUACGUUCUGUAUUUGAAAAAUGUUUUCUUAAAACCCGACGAAAACUUGUCAAGUGACAACGAGGCAACAAUACAACGACGUCAAUGGAUUAUAGAUCAUUUAUAUUCGCUUUUAAAAAAUCCUCAUAUUAAUCGUCAUGAAGGCUGGUUAAAUUUAGUUUUGGAUCUUUUUCUUAUCUAUGGAUUUUACACAGCCAAAGAUUCAUUUUUAAAUGAGAUUUCAAAGGAUAAAAAGAUUGAAAUCAGCAAAUCAGAAUCUCGGAAUAAAAAAUCAAAGCGUGACCCAAAAAAGGUAAAAUUCGAAAAUCAACAAGCCGAUGAUAGUUCGAGGACGAAUAAUUCUGAGAAAAUGAUUAGCAAAUAUAUAUUACCUAAACCAAAUAUUGAUGAGGAUACCCAAGAGCGUUGUCGGUUAAGAUUCUUUCAUGCUCUUGGCGAGUUGAGUACUUUUCGUUCUUUACUUAGUGAUGAUAAAACGGAGAAACCUAUGCGUACUCGUAGUGGUUUUAUGAAAAGUGGUCAAACAUGGUCUUAUUAUGCUGUGGCUUUGAUGAAUAGAUUUGAUUACGACACUCAACUUGAGCCUUUAAUUAUUUUAAGCGAUGAAGCGCAGCAACUAAAAAGCACAGUAAUAAAGCUGUUACAAACAAUUAUAGACAAGUUAAAUAGUGAAGAUUCUAAAGGGCAUAAUCUUGACAUCCUUCAAGGCUUCCAUUUGUUGUUUUCUUAUUCCGUUCUUACUUUAUAUACAGAACCAGAAGAAGCAAUGAAUGCAUUGCAGGAUAUACAAAUAUGCUUUAAUAAAAUGUUUGUACAAUCGAAAAAAUCAUUAAAAAAGAAAAGGAAUAAAGAGGAAAAUCUUGAAGAAAAACAUAAUCCUGUUGACGUAAUUGUAGAUAUUUUACUUGGUUUUCUUGCAAAACCAUCUGCAUUUUUAUAUAACAUGUCCGAGCAAGUUUUUAAAGUUUUCUGUGACGGCAUUACGAAAUCUUCUUUGGACUUAAUGUUAGACCUUAUAAGUAAACAAGAGAAUGAUGAAGAAGAAUUGGUAGAUGAAAUAGAUAUCGACGAUGAAAUUAAUCAAGAUGAGGAUGAGGAAAGUACUGACGGCGAAUCAGAUGAUGGAUCAAAUGACAGUGACUUGGAUAAUGAUAUAACUGUUAAUGAAAAUAAGGAGGCAAAAGAUCAAUCUUUAAUAGAACUUAAUAAUCAUAAUAAUGAGGGUGAAGAUUAUAGUGAAGAGGACAUAAAUAAUCAAGAUGAAAUGAUGGAAAAAAUUGAUUCUAAGUUAUCUGAAAUUUUCAAAAUCCAAAAAUUCGGAAAGAAAAAGAAAAAAGACACUAAAUACCAAAGGAUUCAUUAUAAACAUAAAGUUAUUGGAUUGUUAAAAAUUUUUGUCAAGGAACAACAAAACAAUCCACUUAUUUUUGAGUUAAUAAUGCCUUUGCUUAAGAUAGCAAAGAAUGCAAAAACAGAUGAAAUUGCAAAGAGCGUAUAUAAUCUUCUCAAUACUAGAAUUGUUGUCAUAAAGGAUGGCCUUACUGAAUUUGAUGAUAGUAAAAUACUCGCUUUAUUAGAACAAGUUCAGGAUAUGGCUCGAAAAGCACACUUUGGUGAUAUGAUGACUUUGUGUUGGAAAUCUUGUGCGUUCCUGCUUAAAGCUAUAGUUCGACGUCAUAACAACGAAGAAAUUAGUGACGCUUCAAGAGAAAUCUCAAACCAACAUAUUAAAAAUGCCAUUGUUAUUUAUGAAUCUACAUAUAAGAGUUGGUGUACUAAGUCGAGUUCUUUGAAUAUAAAGUGCUUUUCACAGUUGCCUGCUACAAUUCCUCAAAUUCCAUGGCAUUUUUCGGAAAUAUUCCUUGGUUGUACUGACCCAAAGACAGCAAAGAACCCUAAAAAGGUCAUGAAUGCGUAUGACGUUUCAUUUACUAUUUGUAAUGUUGCGCUACCAAAGAAAAAACGGGAAUCUAAAGGUGCUAAUAGCACUAUACCUAAAUUAGUACCAAAAAUAAGAGAAAAUUUAAACAAUACGCUUCAAUUUAUUGCAGAAGACUUAAAAUGUGGCAAUCAAAAUUUUGAUUCUCAAGCAUUAAAAUCAAUUCUAAAGUUUGCCGGACUUGCAAUCAAAAGGACUAGUACAGAAAACUCAAAGUCUGAGAAAUUAUGGAAUUCAAAGAAACUUUUGCCUUUACUUGAGAAAAUUAAAGAAUUUCCAAGGUUUAAGUCUUCCCAAGUUAUUAGUAAUUUAGUAAAUGAAAUUACACGUAAUUUUCAAUAA